AUGGAGCAUCUUCUGUUUGAUUGUCCCUGGACCAAGGCUGUUUGGUUUGGCAGCUCUUUAAAUAUGAGAGCGGAUCAAGGCUCGAUAACAAAUGUGACCAAGUGGACCAACGAUCAUUUGCAAGGCGGUAAUUCAAAAAAAGAAUCCAAACGCCUUAUUAGUUUAGUUGCUAUUGUUGCCAGGUUCAUAUGGAAAUCUAGAAAUGAUUUCGUCUUUAAUCAUCAAGUGGUGGACCCUCAAGCCACUUUGCAAAAGAUCACUCAUUUCCGGAAGGAACAAGAUGAUCUGAUUGGCCAAUUCAACCCUUUCCAUCAGGCCUUAGCCGUCCCCAACCAUAAUCCCCGAUUAGGUUGGCAGCCAGCUUCCCACAGUACAGUCAAAUUUAACUGUGAUGCAGCUUUUUGCGAACAUUCUUCAUCAGCUGUAAUGGCUGUGAUUCUUAGAGACUCAAAGGGAAAUCUACUAGAUGGUUGUGCUAAGUCUAUCAAGGCUUCAUCUGCAGUACAAGCCGAGGCCCAUGCAGUGUGUAUGGCGUGUCUCAUGGCUCAAGCUCUCAUUCUCUCCCAAGUGGAAAUCAAAGUGACAACAAAAUGUUGCGUUUCUGAAAUAGUUCCACCAUGGGAGUAUAAUGCUGUUAUUAUGGGUAUUCGAGGUCUUGCUUCUCCAACUUCUGUUUUGUUUUCUUGGACAAGAAGAAACAACAAUGAAGCAGCACAUUGGGUUGCAAAAGCUUGUCUUUCUAAGUCUUUACCAGUAAAUUGGGGUUGUAUGCCCACGUGCUGCUUUUGUUUCCGUACUAAAUUCUGA